CGGUAAACAAUCGUCGGUUUUUUGGUUAGAAAAAUGUAGUAACGGCAGUCACUUGUUUUCUAACCGUUUUUCAGAUAACUCGUUUUCUAAACGGUUUUUGGUUGAAAUCUCUUCAUUUAACAUAGAAAAGUAGAUAAAACGAAGCUAUUAAUGAUAUUUCCGUAGUUCUAAACGUUCUAUUAUUAAUUUAAAUAUAGGUUAGGUUUAGUUUGUGUUCACCAGUUUGUUUUCAUAUUUAAUUGCUAUUUUUUAGUUUCUAUUAUGGCUUCUGAUCAAAAAAACCAAAUCGUACCUAAAUAUGAGCAUUCUGAUCGAAUGACUUUUCUUCGGAAAGCCUUAUUUCCUGUUGAUAAUGAAGACAACAACAGUGAUUUAGGGCCAAUGUCUCCUUUAAGCGAUACAAGCUCUGAAGCCCCAUCAAUCACUAAUUGUUUUGCAUCAAAUCGUAUGGAAGACUACAUUAUGUUAGAUGAUUCUUGUGAUUUAGAAGAAGAAAAUCUCGAUAUAUCAACGUUAACACCUUCGUCAAUGACACCGAUAAACUUCAAUUCAACAUGUUCUGAUUCGCAGUCACCGUUUUAUCACAGCCGUUUGAAUAAAUCACCCACAAAAACACUUUUAACACCUCAAGAUACGUCAACAACAAAUAGCAAAUUACCAAGAUUGUCUAGAAAAAGUCAAUCAGAAGAUUCUGAUUGUGAAAACGAAAGUAAAAAUGAUGCUAAAGCGCCGAAAGCACGUACAGCUUUGUUUAUAGAAAUAAAUCCAUUACCUGCGAAGUCUUUCUAUCCAAAAGUUGAGCAAAGAAAGGCUUCUUGCAAUACCUUGAAAGUGAACGAGCACAAAGAGGUUAGAAAAGUGAAUGGAAAUGUCAAAAAGUCGACUUUAUUUUUGUGUAAUCGAAAGAAAAGGAACGUUUUGGGUCAAAUUAAUGCCGGUGUGGGGCAUAAAAUUAAAAAACCAAAGGUUAAAGCCACAAAAAUAUCCCCAAAACACGUUCGAAUGAGUCUUAUGGAGGGAAAACAACUCAUUGCAUACAUGGAAGAUCUUAAAGAAUUAAAAAGUGGCUUACCAAAACAAAUUAAACCCUUAACACAAACGUUAAACAACAAAGAAAACAUUGAAGAUAAACCCAAAACAAUUAUUUCCCAAAUUAUUGAUGAUUUCAAUGAAGAACCUGAAGUUCCAGAACUCAACAGCAUACUUAAUUUACUAGAUAACGAUAUAAAAACACAAAAAGUCGAAGAAAAACCAUCAAACGAUCGAAAACGAAAACACGAACAAUUAAUAGCUGAUAUGCUUUUAUCUCCGACGUCUCAAAUGUGCGAUAUGGCGUCGGAAAUGGCCAUUAACAGUCCGAAACGUGCAAAAUUAAAUAUUAAUAAUAUGCUGGAGAACAAGAAUGAUCAAUUAUUAAAGCAAAGACCGAUUACGAACGUUUUUAAUAAAGUUUCUUCUUCCUCUACAGCAAUGAUGGAAAAUAAUAAAAAAUUAUUUCCAAUAUUUACUAGAAAAUUAGGCGGUACCAAUUUAAAUGAAAAUGAAGGUGGGAAUGGAUCUUUAAAAGUUAAUACAACGAAGAAAUGGGACAAAAUAGCUCCAGAUCAAAUGUUGUUAGAUGCUGGACAGAAACGUUUUGGAGUUACAAAAUGUCCACAAUGCGAAUUGGUUUAUUGUAUGGGGGAUAUUAACGAAGAAAAAGCCCAUAUGGAAGUACAUAAUGGGACAAAUGUUUUAAAAUUUAAGGGUUGGAAAAAUGAAAGAGUCGUUUUUACAGAUGAAAACAGUAGGAUAAUAAAAAUCAUAUCAACAGAUUCAAAAGCAUGGCUUAAAAAAGCUAAGGAAGUCCUUCAAAUAGUAAAUAAAGAGAUAGGGGUUGAUUGGGAAACUGAAAAUGAUAAUAAAGUGAUUUAUUUCUAUAUUAAAAAUAAAACCAUAAUCGGAUGUGUCCUAACUAUUCCUUCAACAAAAGCAUACAAAUUGUUAUCAUUUGAACAAGAUAUUUCAUAUUGUUCAAAAGAAUCUUAUGUGAUUAAAUGUGGAAUACAAUUAUUUUGGGUUCACGAAACUCACAGAAGACAUGGUAUUGCUACCACUUUAUUAAACACAGUGAGGACGACGUUUUUGUAUGGAUACAUAUUAAAACUUGAAGAUAUUGGGUUAUACGAAGUAACUCAACAACAAGCACGAGCGUUUGUAACUAAAUAUUUUAAAACCAAUAAUUAUUUAAUGUGUUCAGAAUAAUUAUUAACUAUUUUUUAUAAAUUAUUGUUAGAUUCAUAUAAAUAAUGUUGAAAAUUGAUUAACAAAAAAUUGUUUGCCAUUUAGAUUUAAGGUUUUUUCAUUCUAGUUUUUUGUUUUAGUUUAUUUAGUUUAAAAAAGAACGAUUUAAAACUAACAGUAUCUCUGUACAAGAAAUCUCUCUGGUAAUCUCUAAAGAAAAAGGUGUUCUCAUUAAAUAAAAUGAAAAGUUUGUAUUUCUCUGUAUUUAUACGUAACAGUAUCUUUUUUGCAUUUGAUAAGAUCUCUCAUAUGUUUUUGUUUGCCAAAUAUUUAUAAAUUAAAAUAAAUUUUUGUAUGUUUUUUAAAUAAAAUAA